AUGGCCUCUGUUUUGGUCAAUGGUCCCCCGACUGAUGAAUUUCAAAUUCAUCGUGGUUUGAGACAGGGUGACCCUUUAUCCGCUUUUUUAUUCAUUUUGACUAUGGAAGGGCUUCAUGUUGCUUUGGUUAGGGCCCGUUCGGAUAACGCCUUCAGGGGGAUUUCUAUUUCAGGGGUCGAGAUUUCGCAUCUUCUUUAUGUGGAUGACGUCAUGUUGAUUACUUCUUGGGAUCCUGAGAAUAUCAACCGUCUUAUUCGUAUUAUUUGGUGUUUUUAUAUGGCGUUUGAUCUCAAAAUUAAUUUGCUUGAAAGUAAAUUGAUUGGUGUGGGUGUUUCUUUUACCGAUAUUGGUAGUGUUGCAGAAAGAAUCGGGUGUGCUGCCUCUGAUUUGCCUUUUUCUCACCUUGGUGUUCCAGUAGGGCAGUCUGUGAAUCAUAUUUCUGCUUGGCACCCUAUCCUUGAUCGUUUCCUGAGUAGAUUUUUGGGUUAG